AUGUCUGCCACCAAAGCCAUUGCCGAAGAUCUCACUGCCACCUUUACCGGCUGGGCCUCCACUGGAUCUCUCCCUUUGAAGAAGUUUUCCUACCACCCCCGCCCCCUCGGCCCCCAGGAUGUCGAGGUCGAAAUCACUCACUGCGGUAUCUGCGGAUCGGAUGUCCACACUAUGACCUCCGGAUGGGGUGAGCUUUCAGGACCCUGCAUUACCGGCCACGAGAUUGUCGGUACUGUCGUCGAGGCUGGCCCCGAGAGUCUUCGCAAGGUCGGCGAACUUGUCGGUAUCGGUGCCAUUGUCGAUGCCUGCGGUGAGUGCAAGGACUGCAAGGAAGGUUUCGAUCAGCUCUGCCACAAGUCCACCUACACCUACAAUUCGACCUACCACGCUAGCGGUGCCAAGUCCUAUGGAGGAUAUGCAGACCGUGUCCGUGUCAACAGCCAGUACGCUCACAAGAUUCCCUCGGAGAUCUCUGCUGCUGAAGCCGCUCCUCUCUUGUGCGCUGGUGUUACCACCUACACUCCCUUGAAGCACUUUGGUGCUGGACCCGGCAAGCGUGUCGGUGUCAUGGGUAUUGGUGGACUUGGUCACUUGGGCAUCCAGUGGGCUGCCGCCCUUAAGGCCGACGAGGUCGUUGCCAUCUCCACCAGUGACAACAAGCGUGAGGAGGCCAAGAAGUUGGGUGCUACCAAGUUCGUCAACUCAAGGAACGAGGAAGAACGUAAGGCCGCCCGCCACAGCCUCGACAUCUUGCUUUUGACCAGCAACGACAAGAACACCAACUGGGCCGAGCUCAUCGAAUACGUCGCCAACCAUGGAACCUUGGUCCUCUUGGCCUUGCCCGAGAUCGCAACCAUUGCCGUCCCCCCAAGCUCGCUCUUGAUGCGCCACGUCUCCAUUGCCGGCUCCCUUGUUGGUGGCUGGAAGAUCACUCAAGAGAUGCUCGAGUUUGCCGCCAAGACCGGUGUGCGCCCCUGGAUCGAGAAGAUGCCUAUGAGCGAUGCCAACGCAGCUAUCAACCACAUGAUGGAGGGUCGUCCCCGCUACAGAAUCGUCAUGGAGACUGAAGCUGCUGCUCGCCUUCAGAAGCACUAA